AUGCCAGAGACCGCUGAGAACAGAAACAUUGGCCUACUUGCUGGUCAUUGGUCACCUGAAUUUAGCGGUUGUUUCCUGUUCUCAGUGCCUUUUCUCUUUUUUUUUCCAGGGUCGCUGACUCAGUGCGUGAGGGUGGAUCCAGAAGUCGUGUCAUAUCCUGGUCAGACAGUGACACUGCGAUGCCAGUUUCCGAACCCAGGCAGACCCCUUACUCAGGUGUCAUGGGUCUUUGAACGGACUGAUGCAGAGCUAACCAACAUAGCAGUUUUCCAUCCAAAUUUUGGAGUAAAUUACCCAACGACAUCCCCUUUAUCAGGACGUGUCAGUUUUGUAACAGAUCCACCCUCUUUGGAGAACCCCUCAAUUAAGAUCAGAGAAGUGAAGAUGACCGAUGAGGGACGAUAUAUCUGUGAAUAUGCCACCUACCCUUCUGGCAACGAACAGGGAGUCACUUCGCUGGUCCUGCUGGCUAAACCGAAGAACUUUGCUACAUCUGUCACCGUUACCACCGGGAAAACCCCAGUCAUCGUGGCGCGCUGUGAAUCAUCCAAUGGCCGUCCAGCAGCGUCUAUUUCUUGGUCCAUGGCGCUUAACGGAAAUGUGACGAUGCCGAUUGAGACGAAGAAUCCAGAUAAUACGAUCACCGUCCAGAGUGCCUACAUAAACAUUGGCCUACUUGCUGGUCAUUGGUCACCUGAAUUUAGCGGUUGUUUCCUGUUCUCAGUGCCUUUUCUCUUUUUUUUUCCAGGGUCGCUGACUCAGUGCGUGAGGGUGGAUCCAGAAGUCGUGUCAUAUCCUGGUCAGACAGUGACACUGCGAUGCCAGUUUCCGAACCCAGGCAGACCCCUUACUCAGGUGUCAUGGGUCUUUGAACGGACUGAUGCAGAGCUAACCAACAUAGCAGUUUUCCAUCCAAAUUUUGGAGUAAAUUACCCAACGACAUCCCCUUUAUCAGGACGUGUCAGUUUUGUAACAGAUCCACCCUCUUUGGAGAACCCCUCAAUUAAGAUCAGAGAAGUGAAGAUGACCGAUGAGGGACGAUAUAUCUGUGAAUAUGCCACCUACCCUUCUGGCAACGAACAGGGAGUCACUUCGCUGGUCCUGCUGGCUAAACCGAAGAACUUUGCUACAUCUGUCACCGUUACCACCGGGAAAACCCCAGUCAUCGUGGCGCGCUGUGAAUCAUCCAAUGGCCGUCCAGCAGCGUCUAUUUCUUGGUCCAUGGCGCUUAACGGAAAUGUGACGAUGCCGAUUGAGACGAAGAAUCCAGAUAAUACGAUCACCGUCCAGAGUGCCUACAUGCUGGCUCCACAGCCGUCAGAUAAUGGCAAAGACAUCAGCUGCACGGUGUCACACCGUACCAUGACCCAACCUGAGACCUUCCCGAUGAAACUUGUUGUCGAAUAUCCUCCCCAGGUGAAUAUCGUAGGGUAUGAUAACAACUGGUACAGGGGUCGGACAAAUGCAAAUUUGACCUGUCAGGCAGACGGAAACCCUGUCCCCACCACUGUCACCUGGAAAACUUUGUCUGGACUGAUGCCUGAAACGGUGCAGGUGCAGGAAAAUCGGCUCGUUGUGCAGAAGGUGGAUGACACCAUCUACACCACCUUCAUCUGUGAGGUCAGAAACAGUCUGGGAUACGGCAGAGAUCAGAUCUCCGUCUUCGUGAGGGAUUCUGUCCACUCUUGUGGUUCUACUGAAGCUGUGAUCCGAUUGGUCCUCUCUGCUCUGGUGGGCAUGGCUACUGUCCUUCUUUUGGUUUAUGACAUCAGAUCCUGAAGAUCUGAACAAGAUCAAGCACAUAUUCACACAUCAGAAUGAUUUGGAAUCUAAAGCAGAAUGCUGAACUUAAGAGGUCUUUAGUUUUUUUUUGUUGGUAUUUUUCAUAAUAAAUACUGAUGAUUAUGUCCGCUUGUGCUCUCUAUUUCAAAUUUUUUAAAUGUAUUUAUUUGAAAGGUAUCAGUGCAGUUUUGCCUCAGACAACCAAUUCUGACUUUACUUAUACUCGUCCAUUUGCUACAUGUAUUUGCUUGCCUUUAUCAAUAAAGUAAUCUCAGUCUUAA